AACGCGUCAACUGUCUGCGAGAUUUGGUUGGCUGAGGUCUAAAAAGAGCUACUCAUAAAAGAAGAAAGAAGAAAGAAAGGAAGCAAAUCCAAUUAUUCCAACGGCCGAAGCAUUUUUACCUUACUUUUUGGUUUUGCUGAUCUUUUCUAAAUUCUCAACUUCAUCCUAUGCCAAACACACCUUCCAAAAAGUGAAAAAAAAAAAAAAAAAGGGAGCACAAAAGAGAUCAUAUCCAAAAUCUUGCUGCCCAAUUACACCUACUCCUCUGCUUUGAUCUUUCUGAAUAGGCAAGUUGAGGUUUUUUUUUCGUUUUUGGUUUGUCUUUCUUUGUGGGAAGUUUGGCCUUGUAAGGGGAAAAAAAAGAAAAACAAAAAGAUUAAAACAAAAAUCUGGGUUUUAUUCUGUUUUGAUGGGAGCUUGCUGGAGCAAUCGGAUCAAGUCUGUCAGUUCUACUACAGGAGUUAAUUCGAGGAGUGCGAGCAGAAAAGGAAACAAUUUGAGUGUUUCAAGCAGCAGGAUUUCUUCAGCUUCUAUACCACAAACUCCCCGGAGUGAGGGUGAGAUUUUGCAGUCUUCAAAUUUAAAGACUUUCACUUUCAGUGAGCUCAGGACAGCCACCAGAAACUUCCGGCCAGACAGUGUGCUAGGAGAAGGUGGAUUUGGUUCUGUCUUCAAAGGAUGGAUUGAUGAGCAUUCACUUACAGCUACCAAGCCUGGUACUGGCAUGGUUAUUGCUGUUAAGAGGCUGAACCAAGAAGGGUUCCAGGGUCACAAGGAAUGGCUGGCUGAAAUCAACUAUCUUGGACAAUUGCAUCAAGCUAAUCUUGUAAAGUUGAUUGGUUAUUGCUUAGAGGAUGAGCAUCGGCUUCUUGUAUACGAGUUCAUGGCUCGGGGUAGCAUGGAGAAUCAUUUAUUCAGGAGGGGGUCGCACUUCCCACCACUUUCUUGGGGCAUCCGGAUGAAGGUUGCACUUGGUGCUGCCAAAGGGCUUGCUUUUCUUCACAGUGCCAAGACACAAGUCAUAUAUCGUGACUUUAAAACGUCUAAUAUCUUACUUGAUUCGAAUUACAAUGCAAAACUCUCUGAUUUUGGGUUAGCUAGGGAUGGGCCAACUGGUGACAGGAGCCAUGUUUCUACUAGGGUCAUGGGAACCUAUGGAUAUGCUGCUCCAGAGUAUCUAGCCACAGGUCAUUUGAAUGCCAAGAGCGACAUAUACAGCUUUGGAGUUGUUCUUCUAGAAAUAUUGUCUGGUCGACGAGCUAUUGACAAGAACAGGCCAUCUGGAGAACACAAUCUGGUGGAGUGGGCAAAACCUUAUCUGACCAAUAAACGGAGAACAUUCCGUGUACUAGACACCCGUCUCCAAGGCCAGUAUUCAUUGAAUCGGGCCCAAAAUGCAGCUAACCUUGCACUUCAGUGCUUAGCUGUAGAACCCAAGUUCAGGCCAAGCAUGGAUGAGGUGGUAACAGCGCUUGAGCAGCUUCAGGAGCCAGAUGACAUGCCAAAAAGCAUUCAGAAGGAACCUCACGUAAAUGCUCGCAACCAUUCCAAUAGUAAACCAACCACUUAUCCAAAGCCUUCUGCUUCACCGCUUCAUGUUUAGAUGAAAACCUUUUGAUGCAGCAGCAAUUUCUUUCCUGAUUUGAACUUCCAUAGGAAUUGUUUCGGGGAUAUAGGCAGGUGACAAAUCCAUGUUUGAGUGGUGUACAGUUCUUUUAAAUCUAGCUCUGAAAUUUAUCAACCCCAGAUCAGAGAGGAUGCAUGAACAUGAUCUGGGUUUUGCUAAAUUUCAUACCAUCAUGUUUGAAAAAGUGAAGAAUAUAUGUUCAAGUUUGCAUGAAGAUGUUUUCAACCUUAUUUCAGGUUUUCUUUGGGG